AUGUUAUUCUAAAUACGUUAUUUGCGAUAAAUAUCAUCACAUGCCUCUGUAAUCGAAAGGCUAAGGUAGCCUGAGGUAGCCUACAAUCUAUAGUCAUUAUAUCUGUUAUAUGUGUUGAGGUAGCCUAUAAUCGCAGAUGUUCGAAAUUGGAUAGUUCCAUUUAAAAAAGUGAAGAAAAUUUUUUGCCGGAUUCGUAAAACAAUUUUAAUCCAAUCUCACAGAUUCUCAAAAUGAGAGAUAAAUUAUUUAUAGCAUCGCUGUUUUCCUUGUUGUAUAUUGUGAACUUUGUAAUUACAACUUCACAAGAAAUUAGUAAUAAUAAAAAUAAGAAAAAACAGAAUAAACCUCAUAUUAUUAUAAUUCUUGCUGAUGAUAUGGGUUGGAAUGAUGUAAGCUUUCAUGGUUCUGAUCAAAUCCCGACACCGAAUAUCGAUGCUCUCGCAUAUAACGGAAUAAUUCUAAAUAAUCAUUAUGCAUUGCCAUUAUGUACGCCAAGUAGAUCAUCUUUAUUGACAGGAAAACAUCCAAUUCACUUAGGCAUGCAACAUGAUGUUUUAUAUGUAUCAGAACCACGUGGACUUCCACUUAGUGAAAAAUUAUUGUCACAGCAUUUAAAAGGAGCAAAUUACAAAACACAUAUAGUAGGUAAAUGGCAUUUAGGUUACUACAAGCGUGAAUACACGCCAACGUAUCGUGGCUUUGAUACACAUUUUGGUUACUACAAUGGUCUUCAGGAUUAUUAUAAUCAUAUAGUUAUUGACCCAAUCAUAAAAAGUGAUCCACCAGUCCAAGGCUUCGAUAUGAGGCGAAAUUUGUCAGUUGCAUGGGACACGAUGGGCAAAUAUUCAACGGAUCUUUUUACAGAGGAAGCUGUACGUUUAAUUAAUGCUCAUGAUACAAAUAAUCCAAUGUUUUUGUACUUGGCCCAUCUUGCUCCUCAUAGUGGAAAUCAAAACGACUUACUUCAAGCUCCCGCUGAAGAAAUUGCCAAGUUUUCCUACAUCAAAGAUCCAGCAAGAAGAACUUAUGCUGCUAUGAUUUCUAAACUAGAUAACGGUAUUGGUGAAGUUAUGAAAGCUUUACAGGACCGUAAGAUGUUAAAAAACAGCAUCGUUCUUUUUAUGUCUGAUAACGGAGCACCUACUGAAGGUCUCUUUCAGAAUUACGGUAGUAAUUAUCCCCUUCGUGGAAUAAAAAGCACUCCUUGGGAUGGUGCGGUGCGAACAGUGGCGGCAAUUUGGAGUCCUUUAAUCAAAAAACGCGCACGAGUAUCAAAUCAAUUAAUGUCUAUAGCUGAUUGGUUACCUACUCUGUUAUCUGCCGCUGGCAUAAAUAACGUAAAUAUUUCCGAAAUUGAUGGUCGUAACAUGUGGCCAGCAUUAAUGUCUGACAGACUUAAUCCUAGACAAGAGAUAUUGAUAAACAUCGAUGACAUCAGUAAUUAUUCGGCUAUUCGUCAUGAUAAUUUUAAAUAUGUGAAAGGUAAAAUUGAAGCAAGUUUUAAUUGGGUAGGAGAUUCCGGAAGAUCAUCUGAUGAAAAUCGAUCGCCAUAUGAUCCUGAAAAAGUGCUACAUAGCAAAACAGGAAUUGCUAUCGCUCAAGUACAGAUAGCUCAACGAAUAUCAGAAAAAAAAGAAAUUGAUCGAGCUUAUGAUAACAUCCAAAGAAAAAAAUCAGAAAAAAACAUACUAACUUUUCAUAAAAUUCUAAAGUUAAGACGUCAAGCUGAAAUCCAUUGUAACGUAUCGAAACACGAAAAAAUCCCUUGUGAUCUAAUAAGAUCACCAUGUCUCUUCGAUAUCAAAAAUGAUCCCUGUGAAAUGAUCAAUAUUAUUAAACAACAACCUUCCAUAGCAGCAAGUUUAGAGAUGACUCUAUUACAAUAUAGGUAUAAUAUGGUACCACCAAGUAACGUAAAACCAGAUCCACGAGCGAAUCCAAUAUAUUGGAAUAAUACUUGGACUUAUUGGCAGGAUUCUCACACGUUAACAUUUAAAUUAAAAUUAUUACUGGUACUCUUACUAUUUAUUAUUAUUAUUGCAUUUAUUAUUUUUAUGUCUUUGACCAUUGCAGAAAUCAUUUUAAAGUUCACUUUGCUAUACGAGAUCUAAUUUAAAUAGUAUGAGUACUUGUUAUUACAAACAUUAUUAAAAAAAGUGACAGUAUAACUUAUUUAGUAUAUGAUGAAUUAAAAAAUUAUGAUGCAUGAUUUUUUGAAACAGUAAUAGCUUGACAACAUGCUAAAUACGAAAAUUAUUUUAAUAAAUUAUAUCUUACCCAGU